GCUACUGUGAAAAUGAAUUAAAUUUUAGAACAGAAGAGAAGUGUAUCCUGCAUUUAGAAUUUGCUAAAGUCUGCAAUUACAUGUUUUCUGCUUUUUCUCUCGGAACCUCUAUCUCGUAACCGCUUAGCAAAUCAGAGAAGCAAGUUCUUGUCUUCCUGCUACCAGUAUGGUAUAGUUCUUGGCUUCCUGUUACCAAUAUGAUUUGGUUGCUACUGUCAAUAUUGAGAACUGCUGUAUUUUGGGAAAAAGAACUUGGAACAAUUGUAUCUUCAAAGCCGAGACUUGAUUUUGUAGUCUAAGCGACUUUCUCCUUCAUAGUUAAAGAGUCUAACUUCAACAUCAAGCCAACUAAAGGAAUUUUAGAAUGCCUGCGGGCUCUUUGACAGACCAAUCUUUAAAGGGUGAAGCAUUUCCCUCGACUGAAAAACAAUAAAAUCAAAUUUUAGCUUGGGUGCUUGAAGAUAUGAUAUAGGUGUUUUCUUAGCCACCGGACUGAACCCAUGGCAAAAUUACAUCGAAGAGUUAUCCGUAUCAUAUAAACCAAGAAAGAAAUACUAUUUCAAGAUAAAAAGAAAACAAUUCUGCGCACUAAGAGCCCGUUUGGAUUGGCUUAUAAGUUGCUUAUAAGCUGUUUUCAGCUUUUUUGAGUGUUUGACUGGCCAGUUUAAAGUCAUUUUGUGCUUAAAAUAAGCUCAAAAAAAUAAUUGGGCCCAUUUGACUUAACUUAUCUAAAGCAGCUUAUAAGCCAAAAAAAAAUAAAUUAGACUAUCCAACUUAUUUUUUUUUAGCUUAUAGGCAUAUAAGCCCAUCCAACCAGGCUCUAAGAACGUACUUUUAAAUUGCCAAAUGUCACGUUUGUACAAUGCAAUGAAACAUUAGGCUCACAUCCAUUUUGCAGCCAAAAAAAAAAAAAAAAGAGAGAGAUUCAGGGAAACUCAUAGAUCUCUUAUAGAAUGUCAGCAAAAUUUUAGUAGUGUUUUUUUAAGUCCCCUCCCUUUUCUGUUUGUCUAAGAUCUCUCACCACAUUUCCUAACCAACACCCGUUAAUUUCGGGCAUUGACACAACCAGAAUGUUCUCUCACACGCACAUAACCCUAAAAAUUCUUACAGGUAUUUCAACACGUAGACACGAAAAUGCUAUCUAGAAAGAAUCCUCACAAUGGUUUCUGAGUCAUUUGUAUUGGCUGUCAAUGUUUUUUCCUAGUGUUAUGUGUGUAUACUGUAGAUUAGAAGUUCAGAGGUUUUCUCGGAUACAGUUUUUUCAUUUCAUUUUCUAUCCUUUUAAGGUUUCAUGGACUUAUCUGGUCUCUUUUUUCUUUAAGUGUUUGCAUGACAAUGAAGAUUGAAUCUUUAGUAAUUUUGAAGGAUUUGUAAAUCUGGAUUACAGAUUGAUUCAAACACCUUUCAUUUUCUUGAAAUAUAUCCCUCCUAGGCUGACCAUUUAUCCAAGAUAUAGAACUUUUUCUUUCAUCGUUCAUAGUACUACUUUUUUUGGGUAAUGGUGGUAUCUUGACCUGCUUGUGCGCACAUUUUGACUAUUUAAUCGGGUACCUUGUACCUCAUAAUGGAUAACUCUACCUUACCGAAACUUAAGCAGAUAGGAAGAAUUUUUUGCCUUUUCCAUAAUUUUCAUCCCGUUUCGUUCAACUUUAGGCCGCACCUUGGAUGCAUUUUUGUAUAGGGAAUUAUAUGAAUUCAUUCUUGACUUUUAUCUUGUAGAAAUUUGUAUUGUUUUUGCUUGUCGAAUUGGAUCAAUAUGCAAGAGCAAAUGGGAAAAUUUGAGGAGGAGGUUAGGCAGGGAUUAAAGGCUGGGGAACUGUUAGCAGAGCUAAAGAAUUUAAAGGAAUUACAUUCUAAUACUCAAGAAGAAUUGAAGAUUAAAGAUAACAAUAUUAUGUCUUUGAAAUUUGAGCUUGAGAGAGCAAAACAGUUUCAGAUUAAGUUAACAGAGAAAGAUGAUAGUUUAAGGAAAUUGACAGAGGAAUUGACUAAUGCAAAAGAGAAUGAGGCUCAUGCAAUGGAUUUAUUAUCCAAUUUCAAGAAAAGGGUUCAUGAACUAGAAGCUGAAUUAGCGAAUAGACGAUUAUCGGAGUCCAAAAUAUUUGAUUCAUUUGAGCAAACUAAGAUUGAACUUGAAGAAUCCAAGGUUGAGCUAUCUUCUCUUCAUGAGGAAAUUGAAUCACUCGAGUCUUCUUCCGAGCAAAAUAGAAACGGAAAGAUUGCUUUGGAGAAGGAAUUGGGAUGCCUCAGGUUUGAACUUGGAUUGGCGAAGGCGAAUUUGGCUAAGAUUCAAGAAAGAGAGAAAUUUGCUUCAUCAAAGGCUAAGGCAUUGAGUGAUGAAUUGUUCUUGCUCAGAAAUGAACUUAAAUUGGCAACUGAUGCAGAAAUUAAGAGCCAAAAGGCCUUAGAUGAUUUAGCAUUAGCGUUGAAGGAAGUUGCUACUGAAGCUUUUGAGGCCAAGGAGAAACUAAGUGCUUCUCAAUUAGAACUAGAACAAGUAAAAGAUGAGGCAGGACAAUUGAAACAUAUGGUCAGAAACACCGAGGCUCGGUAUGAAAAGCUUUUGGAUGAUGCCAAAAAGGAAAAUGAGUCACUUUUGGCUGAAGCUGAAGAAGAAAAAGCUCUUGCUCAGCACGAGGCUGCUAGACUCACGGAGUCUCUUAAAGCAUCAAAGAAAGAAAUGUACAAAUUGAGGGGUAUUUUGAAGCAGGCUAUAAAUGAAGCGAAGGCUGCAAUAGCUGCUGCUGGCCUAGCUGGAGAUGAAAAUAUUCAACUCAAAGAUUCCUUAGCUGAAAAGGAGGAAUCGAUUCGUCUUCUUACUCGAGAGAAUGAACGACUUAGGAUUAAUGAAGUUGCAGCUCAUGAAAAUGUCGAGGAGUUAAAACGGUUGCUCUCUUCAUCAUCACUCAAAACCGAGGAUAAGGAGCAAGAAGAGGAUCCCCAAGGCAAGAAAACUUCCAGCCUCAACAUUAGUGAGCUGAAUUUGCAACAAGAACAAGAAAAUGGAGACAUGAAAAUCCAAGAUCACAAUCACGAAAAGGCUGAGGCACUUAUGGACUCAAUAUCUGAUACUAAUGAAUCACCAAAAUCAAAGGCAGAGCUCCAUACACCGAAACAGCCACAUACAGCAAGAUCUGCCUUCUCAGAUGAUGGAGGAACACUAAAAACAGAAUAUUUGUGCAAUUCAUCAUCACUCAAAACCGAGGAUAAGGAGCAAGAAAAGGAACAUUAUGAGGAUCCUCAAGUCAAGAAAACUUCCAGCCUCAAUAUUAUUGACCUAAAUUUGCAACAAGAACAAGAAAGUUUAGACGCGAAAAUCCAAGAUAAGAAUCCUGAAAAGGCUGAGGCAAUCAAGGUAUCUCAUCAUCGGAGAGCGACCACAUCUGCCUUAUCAGAUGAUGGAGGACCACUAAAAACAGAAGACUCGGAUAGUGAUAGAAGUCCUCCUAGUAGGAAGAAGAAAAAAGCGUUGUUUCGAAGAGUUGGUGAUCUCAUAAGGAGGAAGAGUUUUCAUAAGAGGGAAUCAUCCACUUAAUAGGCCCUUGUUCUGUAUAUACAACUUGAAAUUGUACAGUUAUUUUCAGUGUUUGAAGUUUUGACACUAGUACACAAAAUGGUUCAUUUAUCAGAACACAAGAAAUUGCAGCCUGACAUUUGUGUUUAUUUCG